UCAACAAUUGAUCUGCUGCUUCUUUCUCCACAAUCUACAACUUCUGAAAAAUGAUGAAACCACCGAUUUGCCGCCGGAUGAGCCUGCCACCAGUUCUCGCAAAGAAGGAAGGUGAACGAAUUCAAGUUCCAGAAGGUGGAGAAUUGGUAUGCUACCGAAACCAAGAAGAUCAACAUCUUUUCUUAAAAAUAGAAUACUCGCGCGAAACGAUGAUUAAACUUUCAUCGUCUGUUUUCUGUUAUGCACGACCAACUGGCCUCAAAGAAGUUUCCGAUGAGUUGCCGGAACUACUUGGACUACCCCAUUCGAUUCCACUGACAGAUUCUCCGCCGAAUUUUGAAUGUCUUCCUGAACCAUUGGCACAUGUUUCGGGAUGCAAUUCACAUUUCAGUAUGAACCAUCCUCCUCCACUUCUGAGCCCUCUACGUGGCCCUGUAACUGAAGCUGAUGAGGCGAUGCGCACACUCAGUAGUCAUCGAGAACUUCAGAAGCGGCUUCAAAACAUGUCAAUGCGAGGAGAGUUGAGCCCUUCAGGAUGCCUGGUUGACAGUUGUGACACACCUGCAAUUCGUCAGAUUCGCAAUCCUCAGUUCACUUGAUUCGAAAACAUUCUAAAUACUGACAUUUAACCGCAUUGGUUUCGUUUAAUAAAUAACCUUGCGAUCAU